ACCACUGCUGUGUGUUCAUUUUCGAUAGGUAAUAGUAUCGACGGUAUAAACAAAAUUUGUUUAUUCUAAUAAUAUAACAUAACAUUUUGAAAGUUAUACACACGGAAUUCUUAAAAUGUCGACGGCGCAGCGGUCGUUUGUGCAAAAAGUUUCAAAGCAGAAAAACGCAGAUGUAAGAAAAAAUGUUUAUAUUUUAUCUAAGGCAAACGACAUGUGCGCUUCCACGGUAUCAGUUUCCCCGACAGAGCCCCUUGACUAUGAAGAGUUUCUUCUCCAACAUAUGAAUAUUAUCAAUCGGGACCCUUUGAAACAUAUAUUAGAUUUUCCUCAAGAAGAUGUAACGGUUAAAGUCAUUCCCCGGAAGAUCCGAACUGUUGAUCAUAUUAUCCCGAAUGAAAAGUUAUCUGAUUUGCCACAACACGUACAAGAAUGCGUAAACUGCUAUACGCGCCCCUGGAAGGUUGUAGAAUAUUCACAGCGGCACCUCUCCAGCUCCUGUUAUAUCCGCGAACGUAUUGAUCGUGGAACGAUAAGUCCAUCUGCGUACCAGCAGGAGUUUGAGAUAGACAAAGAUUUUUCAUCGUUUGAAGAAACAUUUGCCUAUAAAAGCGAAAGCACUCCAAGUUCAAGGCAAUCCAUUGCAAGUUUGGCUUCGGUAAGCUCAUGUACGGACACUUUGACACCACGUGGAUCUUGGGCUAGCUUUGAUCUUCGACGCUCUGUUAAUGAUCCACUAAUACCAAACUUGCUUGACAAUGUGCCGCCGGAACAAAUUGAUCAAACCAACGAAGCACGGAGGGAGCAGGAUCGUCAAGUGGCACUUUUUUCACUGUAUCCGGAAUCUGAAGCGGAAGAAUGCAUUGAACGCCGACUACUUGCGGAAAUUCCGGUCGAACACAUGGGACAUCGAAUUCAAGUCAAAUGCCUGCAGCUUCGACUUGAACUUGAAGUAGAACCAAUUUUUGCUUCGAUGGCCAUUUAUGACGCCAAAGAACGUCAAAAAAUUUCAGAAAACUUCUACUUUGAUAUGAACUCAGAUAACCUUAAGCGUAUGCUGUCAAGCCACGUCCAGUGCGCCGACAUUAGUACUCAGAGUCAUUCGGCCAUAUUUGAAAUUUCAUAUCCAAGUAAUGAUUUGUUUCUCGUGAUUCGUCUAGAGAAGGUGCUGCAAGGUGACAUUAACAAUUCUGUCGAACCGUAUCUGAAGGAAGAUAAAGAUAAAUACCGGGAGAAAGUAAAAUGUAACGCUGUGGACUACUGUGAGCGUUUAGGCAAAUACCGAAUGCCGUUUGCAUGGACAGGAAUUUACCUGACUAACGUUUUUAACGGAGACAAUUUUGAAGGCAAAGAAGCUGGCGGGCUGGAACGUGACUCUUCUGGAAAUGGAGUAGCGAGUGGUUUAUGCGCGGCACCAAGCUCCAACAGCUUGGACCGAAAGUCUUCAACAAGCAGCUUUGAUCAAUUAAGGCGCAAAGCUAACGAUAUGAGCGGAACACUUACCCGUCGUGGUUCUCUAGAACGAAAGGAAAAGCGCCGAUCUUGGUCGCCGGAUGACUUUGCAAACGUUGUAGAAAAUUUUCGUCCUAUCACUAUAACAGUACCAAACUUCUUUAAGCAAGAGGCAGAUAAAAUGAAAGACGAGGACUUGUACAAAAUUUUACCAGAGUUGAAACGACCAAGCUCAGUAGUGAAAAAGUACAAAUGCAUACCUGGCUCUAUUAAAUUGGAAAUAUCACCUUGCAUAGAAGAAGCCAAGAACGCACUUACACCAGAGCUGGCCAGUAUAAACCCCCAAAGUGUCGAAAACCUUCGCCCAGUAAAGGAAAUCUUAGAGUUUCCGCAAUCGGCCAUUUAUAAUCCACAUUAUACCUACCGCAAUUUGCUUUUUGUGUCGCCGAAAGAGCUGAAUUUCUCUUCGCGUGCAGGCUCUGCGCGUAACAUUGCCGUUCGCGUACAACUCAUGGCUGGGGAAACCCCAAAAGAUGCGGUCAAUGCAAUUUAUGGCAAAUCGUCUUGCCCGAAAUUUUCUACCGAAGCAUUUACAGCUGUUAAUUAUCACAACAAGUGUCCAUCGUUUUAUGAUGAAAUAAAAAUAGCACUGCCUGCUUCGAUAAAGCAGAAUCACCAUUUAUUGUUUACCAUUUAUCACGUAUCCUGUCAAAAGAAGCCGCAGGAUAUGCAGCCAUCCGUUGAAACUCCUAUCGGCUACACAUGGAUGCCUUUACUGGAAGAUGGGAAACUUAAGUUUGGAGAAUUUAAUCUUCCGGUUAUGGUCGAAUCUCCACCGGAAAACUAUUCAUUUAUACCACCGAAUGUACAUCUGCCUGGUAUUAAAUGGCUGGACAAUCAUAGAGCUGUAUUUUCUAUUAAUAUAGAAGCAGUGACUGCAAUUCAUACUUUGGACUCGUGCCUUGAUCGAUUCUUUUUAAUAUGCGAAUACUUAGACACACGAAAUAUACCUUCACAUAUCGGUGAAAGCAAUAUCGAGGGAGAGUUAAAGAAAUGCUUGCUGGAUAUCGAGCAUGCAAAUCGGGAACCAUUAGUAAGGCAUCUACCAUUAGUCUUGGACAAGCUUAUUGAAUUAUUGGUAAUCACUCACAAAGUUGGUGGACAAGCAAUGUCUCUGGGAUCUACGGUAUUUGAGGUUCUUUGCUUAGUUUCGUCAUUGUUGUCAAUUCUUAACGACGACCAGUAUGACCAAUAUGGACGGCAAAGUUUGCUAUCAACAUAUGUCCAAUAUCAAUGUAAAAUUCCGCACCCACUUCUUAGCAAGCAGCGUCUAACAUGCAGUCGGAGCAUUACCGAAGAUUUGCAGUUGAGUGAAACCUAUAGUUUGUAUAAUAAUGUGUUAUCUAGUGGUAGGAGCUCGGAUUGCAAAGAGGUGUCUAUGGAUAUUGUUCACUCGAUGGCUGUUCGGGAUGUCCAAGUUCGGCUGCUGCACGAAGAAUUGGCCCUUCAUUGGGUAGUUGCAAGUGGGAAAGCUGCAGACUUAGCUAUGUCCAAUUCCUGGUUCUUAUUUGAGCUGAUUGUUAAAUCUAUGAUUGAGCAUUUGCACAGUUCAAAUACUUUAAAUGGUCCCCGAAAGCAUCGAUUUCCACACCAGUAUAAUGAUGAUCUCUCCACCUUGGUGCACUUAGUUACAACAAAGGUUGUUGGCUAUCAUAGCAACGAACCUAAAUUAGCACAAUCUUUAAAUGCUAGUUUAAGCUUUUUUAUAUUUGACAUACUAAGCAUAAUGGAUAGGGGGUUUGUGUUCGGCUUAAUCAAAACGUAUACCAAAGUUCUGAUUUCCAAAAAUGCUUCCAUACCAGAUUUAAUGAAUUAUAAAAUAGACUUUUUGAGAAUCGUGUGUAGCCAUGAGCACUUUGUUGCUUUAAAUUUACCGUUUGGGACUUCAUACACAAUGGUAUCCGCGCCAUGCAGCCCAACGCCAAGCACAACAUCGAGUAACAGUCAAACAUCAUGUGGAUCACUUGAGCGAGCUCUUCACGCCGAUCUUAGUCCGGAAUUUUUACAGCAACAUUUUCUGGUCGGACUUGUUCUUAGCGAUUUGGCUGCAGUAAUGGAGGUACCCAAUCCACAGUUACAUGGAAAGGCGAUACGCUGCAUUCGCAACCUGAUGACGUCUCAUGAUUUGGACACUCGGUAUAGCUUUACGGAAGCGCGUGCAAGGGUAGCUGCUUUAUACAUACCGCUGCUCUCCAUAGUGAUGGACACCAUUCCACAGCUGCAUCAGCACGGUAUGGAUCAGGACCGUUUGCAACAAAUCGGUCAGUUAGAAGACUAUCAGGGCCCACAUCAAACUAUUACAGCAUCAACCAUAAACCCGGAAGUGGCAUUUGCUAUAUCAGGAAGUCGACCGUACUCCUACUUGAAUGAACAAGUAAAAAACAAAUCUCCCCUCAGUUCGGAAAACACCCGCCAUUUAUUGGUGUGUUUUCUGUGGGUGCUGAAGAAUUUGGAGCACGGUGUCUUAUACCGUUGGCUUUUGGAUUUAACUCCACACAGAGUGCACCAAAUGCUUCAAGUUGUUAAUGUAUGUCUAAAAACUUUUGAGUAUACAGGGCAAAACCACGUUCCCACUCUAAAACGAACGAAUACACAAAGUUUUCGAAAAACCGGAUCUACUGAUGUAAAGGAAAAAUUGGAGGAGUGUAUAAGAGGAACAAAUUCAGCACGAUACGAUUUAAUAAAUCGUCGAAAAGAUCGCAAUUCGACGGAAAAGUUUCGCUGGCGAAAAGACCAGAUGCCAUAUCGAUCACAAUAUACAGAUGGUGUAGGCAAAAAUGAGCAUGAACUUGAAUUGAGUCACUUCAUCGAAGGCUCUUUGGCGACUGAAGUUGCUCUUGUGCUUCUCGACACCCUAGAAAUUAUUGUUCAUGUAGCUGCUAACCAUUAUCAUAAUCUCCUUGGAACUGUGCUUAAGGUGCUCCUCCAUGCACUAUCCCGAAAUCAAUCGACUCUGGCACUACAAAACUUGUUUGCCUCUCAGCGCGCUUUAAUUUUCAAGUUUCCAAACCUAUUAUUCGACGACGAGACAGACAUAUGUGCUGAUCUAUGUUUAAUUUUGCUGAAGCAUUGUGGAUCUCUUUUGCCAGGGAUACGAUCACAGGCAGCUGCAUCAUUAUAUUUACUAAUGAGACAAAAUUUUGAAAUCGGAAAUAACUUUGCGCGUGUCAAGAUGCAAGUGACUAUGUCUUUAAGUUCUCUCGUUGGAACAAGUUCGGUUUUUAGUGAACAAUCUCUGCGCCGUGCCCUUAAAACAGUGCUUGUUUAUGCUGAAUCCGACACAGACUUACAGGAUACGUCUUUUCCUGAGCAAGUGCAAGAUUUGCUUUUUAAUUUGCAUAUGAUAUUGUCAGAUACGGUUAAGAUGAAGGAGUAUCAAGAAGACCCAGAAAUGUUGCUUGAUCUCAUGAACCGCAUUGCGAAAGGAUACCAAAACAACCCUGACUUACGGCUGACCUGGUUAGAGAACAUGGCUAAGAAACACCGAGAGCGCGCCAAUCACACUGAAGCAGCCAUGUGCUACGUUCACGCUGCUGCUUUGGUAUCUGAGUAUAUAAGCAUGUUGGAGUCGCAAACACAUUUACCUGUUGGAGCUGUAAGUUUUCAACGCAUCUCUCCCAACACACUAAUGGAGUCGGCCGUAUCGGACGACGUGCUCAGCCCCGGCGAAGAUGGAAUCUGCCUUGGAAAUCAUUUUACUGAAACUGGAUUAAAGGCUUUGCUUGAAGAAGCCUCUAAUUCUUUUCAAGUUGCUGGCAUGUACGAAGCAAUGAACGAGGUGUAUAAGAUUUUAAUUCCAAUUUGCGAAGCCAACAAGGACUUUCAAAAACUUAGCAAAGUUCAUGGCAAACUCCAGGAGGCAUUUAAUCGAAUAGCGCAGUUACAGGGGAAAAGAGUUUUUGGAACAUAUUUUCGCGUUGGUUUCUAUGGAGGCAAAUUUGGAGAUUUGGACCAACAGGAAUUCAUAUAUAAAGAGCCAACUUUAACCAAAUUGCCAGAAAUAUUUAGUCGGCUUCAGAACUUUUAUACCGAUCGUUUUGGUCCGGACUCAGUGCAUAUCAUCAAAGAUUCCAACACUGUCGACAUAAACAGCUUGGACCCCGAUAAAGCCUAUAUUCAAAUAACUUAUGUAGAGCCCUAUUUUGAAACAUAUGAAAUGCGGCAUCGUGAAACAUAUUUCGAACGGAAUUUUAAUAUAAAGCGAUUUAUAUAUGCAACUCCUUUUACAAAAAGUGGUAAGGCACAUGGCGAACUAAAUGAACAAUGUAAGCGCAAAACGAUCUUGACCACGGCGAACCACUUUCCCUAUGUCAAAACACGAAUUAUGGUAAUUAGUCGACAGCAAAUAGUCCUGGAUCCAAUUGAGGUGGCAAUUGAAGAUAUUCAAAAGAAAACCUUGGAGUUGGCGGCAGCUACAAAUCAGGAGCCUGCUGACCCAAAAAUAUUACAAAUGGUACUUCAAGGAUGUAUUGGAACAACGGUCAACCAAGGUCCUAUGGAAAUGGCUAGUGUGUUCCUUUCCAAUUUAUCAGACGGAAUAACCGUGCCCACAAAGCAUCAAAAUAAACUUCGCUUGUGCUUUCGCGAGUUUUCAAAACGCUGUGCUGAUGCUUUGAAAAAAAAUCGCAAUUUAAUCCUUUCAGAUCAAAAAGAUUACCAACGGGAAUUAGAGCGUAACAACGAUCGUUUCAUAGAGCGAUUAACUCCCUUUAUCACUCUUACAACUGUUCAGAAUCAUGGCGUUGUUAGGGCUAAUGCAUACAACAACAAAAGUCCCACACUAAAAUGGUAAAUCCAUUGCAAUUCGCAGUCUGCAGCUGAAUUAUUAUAUUUCUUCUUAAUAUUUCAUGUCUAGCGUAUCGGAUUAUUUUAAGUAACCUUCAGAGUGACUGAACUAUAUAUAAUAAACCUUUAUAUAACUUCCUUAGGGAUUAAUACCAAAUAUUAAUUAUCAACAUUAUAUCAAUAAAAUAAUAAUACAUA